AUGCGUAAGCAGUUUCUCUUCCUGACGGUCGCCGCCGUUGUUUCCGCUCAAGGAUUCGCCGCUGAUUGGGACGCGGCAUACACUAAAGCCAAAACUGCUCUGGGAAAACUCUCACAGAAUGACAGGCUUGCAAUUGUCUCGGGCAUUGGGUGGGGAAAGGGUCCUUGUGCAGGCAACACUGGUGCCGCGACCUCCAUCGGAUUUCGUUCACUGUGUCUUCAAGACGGUCCUCUAGGUGUCAGAGGAGCAUCAAGUGUCACAGCUUUCCCACCUGGCGUCCAGGCAGCUUCCACUUGGGAUCGAGCUUUGAUGAGGGAUCGUGGAAAGGGGAUUGGCCAGCAGUCAAAGGCUCUUGGGGUCAAUGUGAUUCUUGGACCUGUUGCUGGCCCUCUCGGGAAAAUUCCAAAUGGAGGGCGCAACUGGGAAGGAUUUGGUAGCGACCCAUAUCUCUGUGGUGUUGCCAUGGAACAGACCGUUGGUGGUAUUCAAGAAGGCGGAGCGCAGGCUUGCGCGAAGCAUUACAUUGGAAAUGAACAGGAAAAGGAAAGAGAUACUGUUAAUUCGGUCAUCGACGACAGGACCCUUCAUGAGUUGUAUCUUUGGCCUUUUGCAGAGGCAGUCAGGGCCAACGUCGCAUCUAUCAUGUGUUCGUACAAUAAAGUUGGCGGUAAGUGGGCGUGUGAAAGUCAGCAGAUGAUGGACGCGAUCCUGAAGAAGGAGCUGGGUUACAAAGGUUAUGUGGUGACAGACUGGGAUGCUCAACAUACAACAGUAGACUCUGCGAACGCAGGUUUGGACAUGACCAUGCCUGGUUCCUCAUAUGGCGGGACCCUCAAUGUCCUUUGGGGAAAUAACAUGCUUGGGAAUGCAGUCAAGAACAGCCAGGUCUCCCAGGGACGUCUAGACGAUAUGGUAACUCGUAUCCUCGCUUCUUGGUACUUAACGAAGCAAGACUCUGGUUAUCCGGCGACUGCCAUCAACCAGAACACCAAUAACGGUGGCCCAAAUGUACAAGGCAACGGCGCUACCAACGCGAAAUUAGUCGCUCGUGAUGGAAUUGUUCUUCUCAAAAAUUUGGCCAAUGUAUUGCCAUUAAAAGCGCCAAAGAGCAUUGCUAUCAUAGGAUCACAUGCAGUUGCAAAUCCUAAGGGAAUCAACUCUUGCGUAGAUAUGGGUUGUAAUACUGGUGCUCUUACGAUGGGUUGGGGCUCGGGAUCUGCGUCAUUGCCUUAUCUUUCUAGCCCCGCAGACGCGAUUACCACCCGAGCCAAAAAGUCUGGGACAACAAUUACCACGUCAACCUCCGACAGUACCUCUGCUGGUGCUUCAGCUGCCCAAAAUGCCGAGAUAGCAAUCGUAUUUAUAACUGCAGAUUCAGGCGAAGGUUAUAUCACAGUCGAGACCAACGCGGGCGACCGAAACAAUCUUGAAGCAUGGCACUCUGGAGCUGAUCUUGUAAAGGCAGUAGCAGCUAUCAACAAAAACACAAUCGUUGUCAUUCAUUCUGUAGGACCUAUCAUAUUAGAGUCCUUUGUCGAUUUAGGUAAUGUCAAAGCCAUAGUUUGGGCCGGAUUACCUGGUCAAGAGAGUGGAAAUGCAUUGGUUGAAAUACUCUGGGGUGACGCUAGUCCAAGUGGAAAAUUACCCUACACCAUCGCCAAGCAGCAGAGAGAUUAUGGCACCAACCUCCAAAGUGGAACCGAUAGCUUUUCGGAGGGUCUUUUCAUUGAUUACAGAUAUCUUGAUAAGAAUAACAUCGCUCCUAGGUUUGAGUUUGGGUUUGGUCUCUCUUAUACCACAUUCAAUUAUUCGUCGCUCGCGAUUACCAGUACGGCUACUUCAGGUCCUGCGACAGGCAAUAUUGUUCCGGGCGGCAUAUCGUCACUUUUCGACAUCGUGGCUACCGUCACGAUGACGUUGAGUAAUUCCGGGGCUGUGAGUGGUGCCGAGGUGGCUCAACUAUAUCUUGGAUUUCCAUCCUCUGCUCCUAGCACGCCCGUUCGACAGUUGAGAGGUUUCCAGAAGACCUUGGUUGCUGGAGGAGCGAGCACGACUGUCAAAUUUGAGUUAAGGAGGAAAGACUUGAGCUACUGGGAUGCGAGUGGGAAGAGGUGGGUUCUACCAGCCGGGAACUUCAAGGUUGAAGUCGGUGCUAGCAGCAAGGAUCUGAGACUUAGCGGGAGCAUUGUUGUUACAUAA